GUGAUUCAUAAGUCUACCACCACUAGCCCCUAUCUUUACGUCCUGCUUGACUCUCAUUCUCUUGCCUUGAUCUUCACCAACGCCAGCUGACAGGCUCUUUAUGCGGCUUCUGCGAGCAUUUCUUUGUACCACUAGAUCCCCUCGACUGCUCUCCUCCCCUUCGCCCGGGAUAUUCUCCGCAUCCACCCCACUUCCCUUUCGUACCGCGGUCCAACCAGCAUUCAUCAAACGCACAAUGGCCACAGCAAUGGCAAAGCGCCUUGAAGGCAAGACGAUCCUCGUAACCGGUGCAUCGUCCGGAAUUGGUCGAAGCACUGCUAAGGAAUUUGCUCGCACCUCUCCCAAGGAUCUGAAGCUUAUCGUGACUGCUAGACGGAUCGACUCUUUGCAGGAGCUGGCUAAGGAGAUCAAAGAGGAAGUCGGUGAAGGUGUGAAGGUGCUGCCUGUGCAGCUGGACGUUAGCAACCCGGAAGACAUCAAGAACUUUGUGCCCUCUCUGCCCGCGGAAUUCAAGGAGAUUGAUGUCUUGGUCAACAAUGCAGGCCUCGUCAAGGGCGUUGCCAAGGCACCAGAGAUCGACCCUGAAGACAUCAACGUCAUGUUUUCGACCAACGUUACUGGACUGAUCAACAUGACACAGGCUAUCCUCCCCAUUUUUAAGAACAGAGCCGACGGUGGUCGAGGAGAUAUCAUCAACAUUGGUAGCAUUGCUGGCCGCGAGCCUUACCCCGGCGGUAGCAUCUACUGUGCUACCAAGGCUGCUAUCCGAUCCUUUACCGAUGCCCUGAGGAAGGAACUUAUCGCCACAAGAAUCCGCGUUAUCGAGAUCGACCCUGGCCAGGUUGAGACUGAAUUCUCCGUCGUGCGCUUUUAUGGUGAUAAGGCGAAGGCAGAUGCGGUUUAUGCCGGCUGCGAGCCACUUACCCCCGAUGAUAUUGCUGAGGUCAUUGUGUUUGCCGCUGGCCGGCGCGAGAACGUUGUGAUUGCGGAUACCUUGAUUUUCCCGAGCCACCAGGCGUCGCCAACUGCCAUGCACCGCCGAUCUUAGAUUACACGCAGAUCUGGUUCCAUCUCGUAGAGGGCGCACAUGUUGCAGCCCCAUUAGAAUUGUUUUGGUUCUUGGGUGGAUUUAGAUAUAUAAGCGGGAUAUACUACAUUUCAAGUCUGAUAUCGGGCUUCAUCUAGUAUUCUACAGGAAUAACAACUGUACCUACAGUCUUUCCUGGAAGUACAGGAUGCCGUAUGGCUUUGUUUCGCCCUUCAUAACAAAAGCUCAAUGACCUACACAAGGGGAAAAUGAUAGCCGGCUUUGGAGUCAUUGAAAGAUAAUUCUCUCAUCAAUGGGACACAUUCGGUUAUACUCAAGUCUGUGAACACAACGAAAUUACAAUGACCCAAAUUGCAGUUGGAUUCACGAUUUUGCUUGCGACGGAGACAGCAACGGUCUUAAAGUAUUCACGUAUCUCAGAACAGCUUUCAAUUGAC